AUCUAAUCAAAAAAAAUCACACUCCAGUCAGGAAGCUCGCGAUAGUUCUUCGGGCCGGACUGGUGUGCGAAGUAAGUGGCCAGUUAACUCAACAGAGGACCGCAAGUCCACGUAAAGCGGUAUAAAGCCUCUCUUGCAUCCUCAGUGUUUACCCCUCUCUAUCCACCAGCCAUCAUCGCAAACAUGCAAUUCCUCAGCCUCCUUGCCCUGGCCGUCUGUGCCGUAGCUGCUCCCAUCGACAGCGAGCAGCCGGUUCCCACUCGCACAUUCGCCAUCUCUGGCUCGCUCCUGGGCCCGACUUCCCUGCGUGGCAAUGAUGCUACCUUCCCCGUGGCCACCGAGGACACGACUAUCCCCGAGGACGAGAUCGUCUACGCCCCGCUGCAGGCGAGCGACAAAGAUGGUGUGGCGUUUGACUUCAGCAGCGUGCCCACGCCACAGCCGAUUCGUGGUACCAAGGGCGGAACCGACCCGGGCCCCAAGCAGCCGGAAAUCGACAGGACUCACCCUGAUAUCUUGGCUCCACCGCAGAGUGAUACUGGUGAUGUCCCGCAGCUCAGUUGGCCCAUGGAUUUGAGCCAUGUCAAGCUCGGUCUCAACAGAGCGGGAUGGAGUCGUCAGCAGAACAUUGGCGUCAUGCCGGCGGCGAAGCAGUUUGCUGGUGUUGAUAUGAGACUGGAAGCUGGUGCAUAUCGUGAGAUGCAUUGGCACACGUCCGGAGAGUGGGCGUAUAUCAUCGCUGGAGGUGCCCGCAUUCAGGCCAUCAAUGAGAAGGGUGAAACGUUUAUCGACGACGUUAAGAAAGGAGACGUCUGGUUCUUCCCUCCCGGAAUCCCGCAUUACAUCCAAGGUCUCGAGAACGGCACCGAGUUCCUUCUGAUCUUCGACGACGGCAACUUCUCGGAAGAUGAAACCUUCCUUGUAUCGCAGAUGAUGGCCCGAACACCCACCGAUGUUUGGGAGAAGCAACUCGACCUCCCCUCAUCGGCUUUCGCCAAUCUCCCGGAAGGCAACCUCUUCAUCUUCAACGGUACCGAAGCCCCAGCGGACAUCCAAGCACAAAACAUCACCGGCCCAGCCGGCGUUAUCCCCAACGUCGACUCGUACAGUUUCCACUGGUCUGAACAGGAGCCCCUCGAGGUUCCCGGCGGCUCCGUUAAGAUCCUCGAUACCAACACGUUCCCCAUCGCUACGGACUUCAGCACAGCAUUGGUCACGAUCAAGCCCGGAGCUAUCCGCGAGGUUCAUUGGCACCCCAGCUCCGAUGAGUGGAGCUACUUCAUCCAGGGACACGCCCGCAUGUCGGUCUACGUCGCUCCGGGCAGUGCGAGGACUUUCGACUUCAACCCCGGAGAUGUCGGUUACGUCCCGCAGGCGUGCAGUCAUUACAUCCAGAACAUCGGUACCGAGGAUGUGAUCCUGCUGGAGGUGUUGAAGCAGAAGAAGUUUACGGAUAUCUCGGCUGGACAAUGGCUCGGAUUGACCCCGCCCCAAGUCUUGAAGGACACCAUUCACCUGUCGGACGAGAGCAUAGCGCACCUGUCCAAGGAGAAGCCGCUGGUCGUCCAAGGCCCCGUCCCCGUUUCACCCAGCGCAAGCGCCGCCUAGGGUCUCGAGAGUAUGGUAGUAACAGUGGAAGAUUGAUAAUCGUGGUGAUGUUUUGGUUUGGCUUGGUAGCUUGGACAGGUAUUAGGAUAGCUAGUAAUAGAUUGUGAUGGGAAC